ACGUGUUGAACUGUGUGUCGCAUGUGGUUUAGCCUUCCCGUAGCCAUGAGUUUAUCAGUAAACACAUAACAAGUCUGGCUAAUUCUCCACAAAAUGUUGUUUGGAAAAGAAGUGCCAUGGCGGCGACUGGAGGGGAUGUCGUUUGGCAUGUACUCUGCCGAAGAAAUAAGGAAGCUGAGUGUGAAGGCGAUCACUAACUCCAGGUUCCUCGAUGCUGUUGGGAACGUGGCCCCGAACAGCCUGUACGACCUGGCUCUGGGCCCAGUAGACAGCAAAGAGGUGUGUUCAACCUGCUGUCAGGACUUUAACAACUGUCCAGGACACCUGGGACACGUAGAGCUGCCUCUUCCUGUUUACAACCCGUUGUUUUUUGAUAAACUCUACCUGUUGAUUCGAGGUUCCUGUCUGUCAUGUCACAUGUUAACGUGUCCCAGAGCGGCCGUCCACCUGCUCCUCAACCAGCUGAAGUUAGUGGACCAUGGAGCCAUGCAGGAGGCCUACCACGUAGAACAAGUUCUCAGCCAGCACCUGGAGGAGAAUCCCAAAGCCACUGGAGAUGAGAUCCAGCAGGUGCUGAAGCAGUUUACAGACUCUGUAGUUGGAGAGAACGCUGAAGGUUCAGAAAACACCAAACCGAUUAAACAUCUCGUUGAGAAGAAGUGCAGUAUCAUAAAUGACUUCUGGAGGAUCCACAUGAAAACUCGGAAGUGCCCUUACUGCAGGAGUGGUCGGUUUACAGUGCGUCGUGAACACAAUAGUAAGCUGAUUGUCACCAUGCCAGGAGGACAGACCACUGGCAACACUGACGAGGAUCUGAUGGCUGGAAAGAGAGUCUACCUGACGGCUAGCACCGCCAGAGAACACACCAUCAAACUGUGGGAGAAAGAAGGAGUCUUCUUGAAGUGUCUGUUCUCUGGGUUGGAGGAGGGGCCGGUGUCCGUAGAGGGAGAGAAAGGUUUCUAUCCAGACCUCUUCUUCCUGGAGCUGCUGGUGGUCCCACCUUGCAGGUAUCGUCCAAUCAAUCGCCUGGGCGACCAGAUGUUUACAAACGGGCAGACAGUCAACAUGCAGGCCGUCAUGAAGGACUGUGGACUCAUCAGGAAACUUCUGGCUCUCAUAGCAGGAGAGAAAGUUCCUCAGGAGGAAGAGAGCACCGAGCAGACGGACCAGACGUUUCUGUCGGGGAUCCCCGGACAGACUCUCACAGAUAAACUCUACAACAUCUGGAUCCGCCUACAGACCCACGUUAACAUCGUCUUUGACAGCGACAUGGACAAACUGAUGACGGAGAAAUACCCUGGAGUCAGACAGAUAUUGGAGAAGAAAGACGGAUUGUUCCGGAAGCAUAUGAUGGGAAAACGAGUCGACUAUGCUGCACGAUCCGUCAUCUGUCCAGACAUGUACAUCGGGACUAACGAGAUCGGAAUACCGAUGGUGUUUGCCACUAAGCUCACCUACCCCCAGCCCGUCACUCCCUGGAACGUCAAGGAGCUUCGGCAGGCCGUUCUCAACGGACCCAACGUUCACCCCGGAGCCUCCAUGGUGAUAAACGAGGACGGCAGGAGGACCAUCCUGUCCGCCUCCAGCCUCGCUCAGAGAGAAGCUGUAGCCAAGCAGCUGCUGACGCCCUGUCCCGGUCCACACAAGAUGCCCAUGAAGAUCGUGAAUCGUCAUAUAAAGAACGGAGACGCUUUGUUACUGAACAGACAGCCGACUCUGCACAGACCCUCCAUACAGGCCCACUGUGCACGCAUCCUACCAGGAGAGAAGGUCCUCAGGCUCCACUACGCUAACUGCAAGGCGUACAACGCUGACUUUGACGGAGAUGAAAUGAACGCACACUUCCCUCAGAGCGAGCUGGGCAGAGCGGAGGCCUACACUCUAGUCAGCACCGACCAGCAGUACCUCGUCCCCAAGGACGGUAAACCUCUAGCAGGUCUGAUCCAGGACCACAUGGUCUCUGGGACCAGGAUGACCAUCAGAGGCUGUUUCUUCACUAAGGUCCAGUACACUGAGCUGGUGUACAGAGGGCUGACGGACAAACCAGGCCGGCUCAAACUGCUGCCGCCCGCCAUCCUCAAACCACAGCAGCUGUGGACGGGGAAGCAGGUGGUGUCCACUCUGCUGCUGAAUGUUAUCCCAGAGAAGGCCGUUCCUCUCAACCUAGUCGGCAAAUCCAAAAUCCCCAGUAAAGCCUGGAUCCAGGUCCCACCGCGGUCCGCUCCUGGAUACAAACCUGAAAGCAUGUGUGAAUCACAGGUGGUGAUCCGUCAGGGGGAGCUGCUGGUCGGGGUUCUGGACAAAGCUCACUACGGCUCCUCGGCCUACGGUCUGGUCCACUGCUGCUACGAGCUGUACGGAGGGCAGACCAGCGGAAAACUGCUCAGCUGUCUGGCUCGACUCUUCACCGCGUACCUGCAGCUGUACAAAGGCUUCACUCUGGGUGUGGAAGACAUCCUGGUGAAACCAGGCGCCAACAGGAAGAGGAAGAAAAUCAUCCAAGAAUCACUGAAGAUUGGCACCAAAGCCCUCCAGGCAGCCUUCAACCUGCCCCCCAACGUGGAUCAAGCUGAGGCUCGGGGCCGCUGGCAGGACGCCCACCUGGAACCAGACCAGAAGGACUUCAGCAUGGCCGACCACAAGUUCAAAGAAGUGGCCAACCAAGUCAACAACGACAUCAACAAGGUGUGCAUGCCAGUGGGACUCCACACCUCUUUCCCCGACAACAACCUCCAACUGAUGGUCCAAUCAGGAGCCAAGGGCUCCACUGUCAACACCAUGCAGAUUUCGUGUCUACUCGGUCAGAUUGAGUUGGAGGGCCGGAGACCUCCUCUGAUGCCUUCUGGGAAAUCGUUGCCGUGCUACCAGCCUUACGACCCUGCGCCCGGAGCCGGGGGAUUCGUUUCUGGAAGGUUCCUCACAGGCAUCAAACCACAGGAGUUUUUCUUCCACUGCAUGGCGGGCAGAGAGGGCCUGGUGGACACGGCUGUGAAAACGUCUCGAUCAGGAUACCUGCAGAGAUGUGUGAUAAAACAUCUGGAGGGUUUGGUGGUGCAGUACGACCUGACGGUGAGGGACAGCGAUGGAUCUGUGGUCCAGUUCCUGUACGGUGAAGACGGACUGGACAUCCCCAAGACUCAGUUCCUGCAGCAAAGACAGUUCCCCUUCAUAGAGGACAACUACGAGGUCAUCAAGAGGUCUCAAGGUCUGGAUCAGGUUUUGGCACGUUUGGAUCCUCAUACUGCCGAGAAACACUUUGCGUCCAUCCAGCGCUGGAAGACAAAGAGAGAGGUGGCAUGUCCACGGAGAGGAGCGUUCUUGCUGUAUUCUCAAAAGAAGUUGGCCAAACUGAAACAAGGAGCAGAUGUGGAAAGCACAAAAGCUGCCAAGCUGCAGCUCCUGGAGCAGUGGCAGUCUCUGGACGAGUCCAGCAGGUCCAAGUACAGCAGGAAGUCGUCCCGAUGUCCCGAGCCGUCUCUCGGCGUGUUGAGACCUGACGUCUGCUUCGGAUCGGUUUCUGAAACCUUUCACAACAUCACAGAGAAAUACCUGCAAGACGAAGGCAGGAGGAGUCGAGACGGCCUGGACGACCACAGCCUCCGGCAGCUGCUGCACUAUAAAUGGCAGCGUUCUCUGUGUGAUCCUGGUGAAGCGGUGGGUCUGCUGGCUGCUCAGUCCAUCGGGGAGCCCUCCACCCAGAUGACCCUCAACACCUUCCACUUCGCUGGCAGAGGAGAGAUGAACGUCACUUUGGGAAUCCCUCGACUGAGGGAGAUCCUGAUGGUGGCCAGCUCCAACAUUAAAACUCCCAUGAUGAGUGUCCCAGUGCUGAACACCAAGAAAGCCUUGAAGAGAGCCAAAACGCUCCGGAAGAAGCUCACCAGAGUCUGUCUGGCCGAGGUGCUGCAGAAGGUAGAUGUGGUAGAAACGUUGCGGAUCGAAAACCACCAAAAGCUUCGGGCGUUUAAAGUCACAUUCCACUUCCUGCCUCACGACCGUUACUGUGACGACAAGCUGCUGUCACCGCCACAGAUCCUCCACUACAUGGAGACCAGGUUCUUCCGUCACCUCCUGGAAGCCAUUAAGAAGCGCAGCGCCAAGUUGGCCUCCAUCGUCGUGGAAACGAGGAAAGCCACCGCCAGAGAUAAGGACCACGAUGGCGAGGGAGCAGCUGACACGCCAGGGCUGGACGACGGUGAGGGAGAAGAGGAGCGGGAGAUCGUUGACGACACGGCCAACGAAGGAGACGCCGACGCUUCAGACGCCAAGCGGAAAGACAAACAGGAAGAGGAGGUGGACUACGAGAGUGAGGACGAGGACCGAGCUGAUGAUGGAGAAGAUAAAGAAGAUCAGGUGGAGGAAGAGAGCGAGGAGGUGGAGGAGAAGAACGGGGAGAACAACAACCCGUCGGAGCAGUCCCAGCCUGCAGGAGGGAGAGCAGAGAAGAAGAAGAAGAAACAAGCACAGAGAGCAGAAGGAGGAGUAGAAGAAGAAGAAGAGGGCCUGAAUCAGAUGAGGAUCAACUCUGUUCUGGAGUCCAACUCGGCCAUCGAGAGAUACAGCUACGAUGAGCAGCAGGAGCUGUGGUGUGAGGUCGACCUCGUCCUUCCAGUGAGUAAGGUGCACUUUGACCUGACGUCUCUUCUGUCAACUCUGGCUCAGAACGCCGUCAUCAUGGAGACCAGAGGCCUGACACGCUGCCUGCUGAGUGAAACCACCACCAAGUCUGGAGAGAAGGAGACGCUUCUCAACACGGAGGGCAUCAACAUGCACGAACUCUUCAAGCACAGUGAUAUCCUGGACAUCAACAGACUUUACUCCAACGAGGUCCAUGCUAUGGCUCAAACCUACGGGAUUGAAGUGGCUCUGAAAGUUAUUGAGAAGGAGAUCAAAGAUGUCUUUGCUGUUUAUGGUAUCGAGGUGGACCCCAGACAUCUGUCUCUGGUAGCAGAUUACAUGUGUUUUGAAGGUGUUUAUAAGCCAUUAAACCGACACGCCAUCCGCUCCAACUCCUCCCCGCUGCAGCAGAUGACCUUCGAGACCAGCUACAAGUUCCUCAAACAGGCCACCAUGCUGGGCUCACAUGAUCAGCUGGUGUCCCCCUCGGCCUGCCUGGUGGUGGGGAAGGUCGUCAAAGGUGGAACAGGAUUGUUUGAACUGAAACAACCUCUGCAGUAGGAGAGUUUGAUUGGCUGGAUGUGAUAAAGAUGGACCUUUUUUACAUGGACUGAAAUGAUCACAGAGCUAGUGUGGAUUCACUCUCUGCUGACUCAAACUCCUAUGAAUUCUUUGACAAAUAAAUAAGAAUGACACAUCUUAUUUCAGUUCUUACUUAUUGUGGUUGAUGUGACGCUGUAUGUUCUAUAAUGUUUGUUUUGAAUAAAGUUGUUCCUGAAUCAAUUCAUUUGAAAAUGAAUGUGAUCCAUAUAAUCUGUAAGACAGGAAACCCUUUUCUUUGUAUUUAAUAAUAAAAUUUUAAUGCAUAAA